UCGCCGGUGUCGGGGACAUUUUUUGUUGCGCUUCUAGCGGCGGAUCACAUUUUGGCGGGAUGUCGACAGCGGUGGAGGCGACGGGCUUCGUCAUGUGCGUGCUGAGCUGGCUCCUGACGGGCGCGGCGUUAGCCAACGACUACUGGAAGAUCUCCACCGUGUCGGGCAGUGUAAUCAUCUCGCAGAGGCAGUUCGAGAACUUGUGGCACUCGUGUGCCGAGAACAGCGCCGGGAUUGCCGAGUGUCGCGACUUUGAGUCGUUGCUCUCGUUGCCAGGUCAUGUUCAGGCGUGCCGGGCCCUGAUGAUUGUGUCUCUGCUGCUGGGUUUGGGCUGCAUGGUCGUUUCCCUACUGGGUCUCAAGUGCAUCAAGAUCGGCUCUGCCGGAGACACCUCCAAGGCCAAGCUGGCUGUCACUGGAGGCAUCCUCAGCAUCCUGGCCGGUUUGUGCUGCAUGAUCGCGGCGUCGUGGUAUGCUAGCAUGGUGGUGCAGGACUUCUACAACCCUCUUUACGUUGGCGUCAAGUUCGAGAUGGGCGUGGGUCUCUACAUUGCCUGGGGGGCUGCCUGUCUGGCCAUGCUGGGGGGCGCCCUGCUCUGCUCCGCUUGUAAGAGGACGUCAACCAGCGGAAGCAAAAAAGGUUUCCACGGCAGCGCCCCACCACGCAAAGUCUACAGAGCGACCCCGGCGUCGGAAGCGGACACGGCCAGAGCUUACGUGUGAACAACACACAACAGCAGAAAUGUGUCGUAUUUUUUUGUGAUCACAAUUUGUAUGAUGAAUAAUAAAUUAGCUUGUUUGUUUUUUCACUGUGCACAUGUACAUCUUUAUCUGGACACGCUGGUCUAUCUGUAAAUGUUUUAUACUGCCCCCGGAUGGCCGAAAUGAGCUGCACAAAAUCCGGUUGGUUGCAGGAAAGGGGGUGACAGACUAGUACCUCCUUUGUUCUUUUGA